AUGGUCAUCCACAGCUGGCAAGACUCGGCGAUCAGGGUCGCGGGGCGCGCGUGGGAGGUUCUCGAGGUCAACUGGCACCUUGGCUUUACCUCAUUCGGGGGGCCGCCAGUGCACUUCAAGAUCGUAUUUCUACGACAUGUUUGUCCACAAGCACAAUACCAGGAGCUGUUCAGCAUCUCGCAGGCGCUGUCCGGCCCUGGUAGCACCAAGAUGCUGUACUGCAUCAACCUGAUCCACGACGACACCUUUAGCGCCGUGCUCGCCUUUUUGAUUUGGGGUUCCCUCCCGGGCGCCCUGGGAAUGUUCGCGCUCUCCGUGGGUAUCUCCAACAUCCAGGAAACCCUCCCGCGCGCCGUGUAUGCGCUUCUCUCGGGGUUGAUCUCGGCCACCGUCGGCAUCAUCGCGCUGGCAGCCAUCGAGCUGGCCCAAAAGGCCGUUACGGAUAAGCUGACCCGGCUAAUCGUGUCGGUUACGGGCGCCGCAGGCCUGCUGUAUAACGCGCUGUGGGCCGUCGGGGGCGUGUUUGCCCGUAGGCGGCGGCCGGGCGUCGAGGAGGCCGGCGAGCAUCACCCGGCGGGGGAGGAGGUUCUGGCGGGGACGUCGGGGACGUCUGGCCUGUCGGUGGCGGCGAUCAGCCAGGCGCCGCUUUUCCCGCCGCGGUCUCGGGACUACAGGGCCAGCGUCGUCAGCUUCUACCAUGUCUAA